AUGCGAUGUCUGUCCCAUGAGCAGGAGCAACUUGAGGCGGGCAUCAACCCCCAGUUUGCCACCCGACCCAGAUGCGCACCCGAGCGUGCUACUGUGGAUCGCGAGCUUCUCUGGAAGCUAGAACUCUGCCCCAUCCCAUGGUACAUGGAAAAGAUGAGAUAUAAGCUUAUCGCUGAAGGCCAUAUGGUCCCACCAGAGGUUUUUACCCCGUUAUCUGGAUUCAUUGAAAGUAUACUGAUCUUUGGUUUGAUACUUAGCCGAUCUAGAUCGGCCCAAACCUCAAUCGAUUUCGAUCUUCCUGGUGGGACUUACCGCGACAAGUGGAUUCACGAAGGUACCUGCGCUUUACCCAAAUGGGGUGCAAGUACCGAGUUGGGAACUACCCCCCUUCUUGAACGGGAUUCUAUCAUCAACGUGGCCAUGCGUGGCGGUUACGGACCUAUCGCUCCUCCCCGGGUCAGACUGGACAUUCAUUCUCUCAUACGAACCCCUUCGCCUCUCUGA